GCCAUGGUAUCGCCGUCUUUAAAGAAAAGUAUCCCUAUAAGUCCGUGAUAUCGCCGUCUUUAAAGCAAAGUAUCCCUAUAGCAUUUUUUAACAAUGGCGCCCAAAGUUGCUAUGGAAUUCCCGGAUGGAGUGUUCUUCGCUGAUCGAUCCUUUGCUCGUAGAUCCAUGCCAAAAUCCCUUUGCGUCGAGGCAAAUCCCGGCGCCCAUCCAAUCGCCUCGCGAGACGUGAUCAUCGACGAGGAGCGCGGCCUCUGGGCGAGGAUCUUCCUCCCUGCCGAUCAAGUGAUCCACCACUCCAGGCAAGUUCCAGUAGCGUUCUACUUCCAUGGCGGCGGAUUCGUGUGCUUCACCGCCGAUACCAUGGAGUACCACGUCCUCUGCGAGCUCCUCGCCAAGAAAAUGGGCGCGAUCGUGAUCUCGGUCAACUAUCGGCUGGCUCCCGAGAAUCGGCUCCCCGCGGCGUACCACGAUGGAUUCGCGGCGCUCAAGUGGCUCGCUCAAGAGCAAGGAGGGCGCAAGGAUCCUUGGCUUGCCGCUCACGCCGAUCUCUCCAAGACCUUGCUCGUGGGUGACAGCUCUGGCGCGAAUCUCGUCCACCAUAUGCUCCCGAUGCUUGCGGCGGCCGAGGAUCCUGCCAUGAGCGAUAUCCAGGUCGUGGGCACCGUCUUGAUCCAGCCUUUCUUUGGCGGCGUCGCUCGGGUUCCAUCCGAGACCAAGCACCGGUCGCCCACUCCACUAAUCAGCACGGAUAUGUGCGAUCGAUUCUGGGAGCUCGCGUUGCCGAUUGGGGCCGACAGAGAUCAUCCCUACUGCCGCGUAGCAGCGCCGGAUCACCCCCUGCCCAAGACCCUCAUCGUCGCGGGCGGCGAGGACGUGCUCUGCGAUCGAGCAAAGGAAUUCAUGGAGACAAUGGGAGGUUCUAGCAAGGAUCUCGAGCUCCUGGUGAUCGAGAACGCUGCACACGCCUUCUACAUCGCUCUGGAAUCCCAGGAAACGGCUCACUUCCUCGACAAGGUAGCUACAUUCGCCCAAGGUAUAUUCGCUUAGCCCUAAAAGUAUUAUCUGUCCGUACAUAAAAUAAAGCUGCAUCCGUACUGCAAGUUCACGCA